CCCGUGCUACUGGCUAGAUAUCUAUAAAGCCACAACCUUUCCUAUAUUUUCCAGUGGUCUCUUCACAACAAAAGGCAAGAUUUAUAACAUUAUAAUUGAUUCUGAUUUUCACCUUGAUGCCACUGCCUAUGAGCGAGAAGGGCCUCAAUACCUCAGUACAUUUUUUCCAGUGACAUAUUGGAUUUGUUUUGCAGCAUUUUCUGCUACUACUAUGCACGUACUUCUUUUCCAUGGAAGGAUCUACUUCAAAUGCCGUGGUGGAUCUUCAUACUAGCAUAAUACCAUUGCUAUUUUCUUCACCCUUCCUAUUGAGAUAUUGACUGCUGUCACUAACCAAGUAAAGCAAUCCUCUUCGAUGUUCUAAACAUCACUUCAUUUCUGAAGAUUGUUUACAUCUAUCCUUAAGCUCGAUGUUCUUGCAAAUGACAGGCACCAUAUAUAUGAUCAUGAUUCUUGAGUAUAUAAUUGAAUAUACUUAUCCAGGAUAUCCAGUGGCUAACACGGGCUUUAAAGUUUACGGUUACGUAUGCAUUGAUGACUCAAGCUGUUACUUUCCUCCAAGACUUCAAGCUUGGCCACUACAUGAAAAUUCCACCAAGAACAAUGUUCAUUGCACAGAGUAUAUGGACAUGCCAUACUGACCGUGUGUUUUACGAUGCGUCUAUCAUGGGGCGUCCAAUAGGCCCUCGUCAUACUUUUGGAGAUGAAGGAGUUUAUGGGUCGAUUAAUUGGUUCUUCCUUGGUGAUGCAAUUGCUCCUCUUCUUCUCUGGUUUGCUCGCAAGGCCUUUCCUAGCAAACAGUGGAUCAAAUUCAUAAACAUGACAAUCUUAAUAGGUGUUGUUGGAAUGAUGCCACAAGCUACUGCAGUUAACUACACAACUUGGAUAAUAGUUGGAUUCUUGUCUGGCUAUGUAGCAUAUAGAUGCAGGCCAGAUUUGGGGAAGAGAUACAACUACAUCCUUUCUGGUGCAUUAGAUGCUGGUCUGGCCUUUAUGGGGGUGCUUUUGUACGUUUGCCUUGGCAUGGAGAAUAGCCUCUAUUGGUGGGGCAAUGACCUUGAUAGCUGUCCUUAUGCUUCCUGCCCAACGGUUAAAGAAGUUGUAGUUGAAGGCUGCCCACUGGUCUAUUAAAUUAGCUUGAACAGAAGUCUUGCCUGGCCCUGACUAGAGGAAAUGGCAUUUUCUUUGCUUCAGUAAUUGGGAUACCGUAUUUUUAAUAUCUGCUUCGUAGAUUCUUCAUCAGACAAAAUUUUUCGAAGUACACAAGGAAACAUUCAUGACCUAAGAAUCAAAUGUUUUAUACAAAGUUGUAUCGCGCUCGAGUGGCAUCGUGUGGUAUUAUUAUGAGUACUGCAUUACUAUUUCUUUCUGCUUCUCCCAAAGCUUGAAUUGUAUCAGUGAGAGGGAAAAAAUUUGUUUGUCAAUGACCAUCUAGUCGAUGAUGUUUAUUGUUGUUUCA